GCAUCUCCGUCUCAGCCGUUACGUCACGGGAGAGCCCGAGCAGUCAGCCUGGCUUUGGGGAAGCCGCUGGUUUACUAGAGCUGGUAGAGCCAUACUAUAGCUGGUAGAGCCAUACAAGAGCCGGUAGAGCCAUACUAUAGCUGGUAGUAUAAACUAGAGCUGGUAGAGCCAUACUAGAGCUGGUAGAGCCAUACUAGAGCUGGUAGUAUACUAGAGCUGGCGAAACGGAAAAGCAGCAGGAGGAAGCACUACGAGGCGCGGACACGACACACAUCUCUCCCACAGCUUCUAACGCGUUAACUAGCAGCUCUCGGUUUGGGAAGUAUUCGGUGAUCGCGAUGGCACCUGGCGUUUGGAAAUGGUUCUCCUCAGAAGGAGCCGUGCUGCAGCAGUAGAAGUGGACUCAGACCACCUCGCCGCAGUGACCCCUCUCCUCUCCGGACCCCGUUCCAGGUGAUCACGUCAGCAUCCUCCCAGACCAACUCUUCAUCGCUCACCCCGGCCCCUUCAUCAGCUCCUGAAGGGACACCAACGCUAUCUCACUGAUGACCUGAUGGGCUACAGCGACGUCAACAGAGAGGCCUUUCUGCUGCCAGUUGUACGCACACAUCAGAGUAGAUACCCUGCCCUCUCAGCCUCAUCCCAGAGGCAGGUUUGAGCUGUUACUCACUCUUUACCUGCUUGUGGUACAUCGGUGUGCGACUGACGGACCUGUCCCGAAUGGCGUCUGUUGACUCCAGGCUUGCCUGAAGGACCACGAGCUCCCUGGGAUCCAGCCCAGCUCUGACCGUCAGUACGCCCGUCUGCCGCUUCCCGAGGUUAUUCCUCCUUCAGCUGAACCACCGUCCCCGCACCACGGCCCCGCGUCUCCACCGCCACUUCCCUCCAACCGGAACCAGAACCACCUUGACCGCCGCCCCCCUAGUGUGAACCUCCUCCCCCGCUCCGCUCGCCAUGUACGGCAGCGCCCGCUCCGUCUCCAAGCAGGAGACGGUCGGCGCCAACGGGGGCGGCGGCUCUGGCGCCUCGGGCAGCCCCGGCCGCUCCCCCCGCCUCCCCCGCUCGCCGCGCCUGGGCCACCGCCGCAACGGCAGCGGCGGCGGCGCCGGCGGCCUCACGGGCUCCUGCAAGACGCUGUCCAUGGAGAACAUCCAGUCGCUGAACGCCGCCUACGCCACCUCCGGGCCCAUGUACUUCACCGACCACGGCGACGAGCCCGCCCUGGGCCUGGGGGCCAGCAUGGGCUCAGGGCUGAACCCCGCCCCGCCCAAGGGCACCAUGACCCUGGGGAGGGCCGCGGCCCGGCUGCCCUUCGGGGCCCGGGGGGCCCUGAUGGGGAGCAGCCCCAACAUCAACGCCGGGGGCCUGGGGGGCGGGGGCCUGCCGAGUGACGCCAUCGCGUUCGGCGGGGAGGUCCACGGGCACGCCUCCCAGGGCGCCACGGUACCGCACUCCAUGAGACAGGUGCGUGAAGGUGCGAUGUCCGACCUCCAGACACAGUUGAGGGAGGUGCUCAGAGAGAAUGAACUCCUACGAAGAGAGCUGGAGGCCAAAGAGUCCAAGCUGAGCUCCUCCAUGAACUCCAUCAAGACGUUCUGGAGCCCCGAGCUGAAGAAGGAGAGAGCCCUGCGGAAGGACGAGGCCACCAAGAUGUCUGUGUGGAGAGAGCAGUACGGGGUUGUGCAGGACGAGAGCCAGGUAGGAACCUGUCUGUCUGUCUGACGGUCUGUCUGUCUGUCUGUCUGUCUGUCUGUCUGACGGUCUGUCUGUCUGUCUGUCUGAUGGUCGGUCUGUCUGUCUGUCUGUCUGAUGGUCU